GAGAAACCAGCGGCAUGAUGCGCGCGAGUACAAGCUUCUUGUAGUACUUAGUGAUAUAUUGUGACGAUAUUAUAGUGUAGUGACAAUGUGGCACCGAUGUAGUCAUCUCAGACCAAAGCUGUUGUGUUUACUGUAUGUUGUGUUUAAUAGUGUCGAAAUAUCAAAAUGCCUCGUACUGCGCGCGUACCUGUCACAGCACGGCCUGCACGGCGAGCUGGAGUUCUCUCACAAGAACAACACGCUCAUCAGCAUCAGAACCAAUUUGAAGCCCACACUCCAGUACCCUGACGGAGUCUGGCGGUGGACCAUACACGAGUUCCCCGUCGACUACAGGGACCUGUCCGAAGACAGGUGCUCCGACGCUAACUUGGGGCAAGAAAUAAUUGAUCUCACUGAAGAAUUAGGUUACCUCAUAAUACCGGGUAAAGACCACGCAGAGUUCGAGAGCAAAAACACAUUGACAGGCCCGAAUGGCCUCUGGGGCAAGAGUAUAGUGUUCGAGACAGCAGAGAGGGACAGAGUGAUCUGCGCGUCCAUAUUAGCGACAGACAAGACUUAUGAGAAGAACGCGAUAGCGAGGUUCACGUCCCCGGUCGCCGGCGCCCUGCACUUCAGGUGGCUCUCAGCGAGGGAGUCGGACGAGUCAGACUCGUACAUCCAAGCAGACCUGUACCACACCAAAGCUGUGUCAAACAAAGCACAGUUCACAGAGCACAAGUGGAAGUUAUUUGUGACGGACAUCUUCGAUGCGGACAAGGGGAACUACGAGGACAACUGCAAUGUUCUGCAGCUUGUGUUUGAUCCGGAGAACAGCGGGGACGGGAUGAGUGUGGGGGACUUGGACAGCAGGCUGGGGCUCAUCAAGGUGGCGACGGACGCCAACAUCAUGAAGACCAAGACGUUGUUCAAGGAUGAAGUGAUCAAUGUGCUGCGGAGCGACAUGGAGGUGACCCGCCGCAGCCUCUACGUCGUCAUAUACGACAACCGACACCCUGACAGCUUCCUCGCCUGCGCCAAGCUCAGGCCCAUGCUACCUAAAAGCACUAAAGCUCUAAUCAACAUGGAGGGCAUCCGGGGCUCUAUAGACUUCACGCAGCGCUCCCCCUUCGACCCAACCUGGACGAACUUCCAGCUGGGUGCAGCUGACCAGGACUACGAGUCCAAUCUUCGCUUCGUGAGCUCCGUCUUGCAGUACAACGUGCGGGACCUGCCGCCGAGGCUGGUGGCUGAUGACGUGCAGUCCUACUGCAACACUACCAGUGGCAUCUAUAACCCCACUCGAGUGGAUUUGAAGAACCUGCCACCCCCAGGUAUGGGCACACAGGACCAGUAUCCAGUAGGACACCUGUUGGGCAAGCACAAGGACCGCACGGAGUACCUGAACCACAAGUACCUGCUGCCGGGGCUGGCCAGCGAGCUCAGCGGCGCCUACUGGGACGUGUACCUGCCGCUGCAGGGCAUACACAGCGUCGUGCACAGAGCCAUCGUCGUUGAGAGACGGGCACCAAAGCGUAACGUGUGCGGUACCAUCUUACUGUACGAGGCGGACACGGAGUACCAGACCCCGAUGUUCUCGGCGCAGGUGAUAUUCAGGUACCCUAUUGUGGGCCGCGUCGUCUUCCGCCAGCCACAGGACAGACCUUGGGAGGACACCACCAUCAUCAUCGAGAGCAUGGUCCACGCAGACGGAGCUAACGUGAACAAUACCCGCGAUCACCGCUGGGCGAUCCACGAGCACGCCCCAGGCGCGGACUACUACAACUGGACGGGGCGCUGCCUGAGCGCGGGCCGGGUGUUCCAGCCGCAUGCGCUCGACAUCGACACUAGGCACCCGGAGUCAUACUGCCGACCUGGCCUUGAGGGGCUCUGCAGGCUUGGCGACUUUACCACCAGACACGGCAUGUUGCAAGUGGCUGGCAAGAAGGUGGACUCAGCGCGGCUGACGCGGCGGCUCUUCACUGACACGGUCAUAUCUCUGGCAGGGAAGCACUCCAUCAUGAGGAAGUCACUGCUCAUCUAUGAUGACCACGGACCCGUCGCCCGAGGGGAGCGCAUGGCUUGUUCCAUUGUGAACGGGCUCCACCGGCGUAAGGCAGUAGUACGGGACUGGUUCGGUAACGGGGAGCCGGCACCAUUGAAGGGCCGCAUCGAGAUGACGCAGCAGUCGGAGUACGACAUCACCAACGUCAUGGUCACGCUCGACGGACUCGUCGACGUCACAGACUACAAGAUACACGUGGUGCCAGUAGAGCGCGACCUGGAGUUCCCCUGCGAGAAGACCACGCUGUACGACACCUUCAACCCGUUCCACAUCAACAAGACCCUCAGCCCACCGCCCACUAAAGGUACAGCGGACCAGUACGAGCUCGGUGACCUGGGCGCCAAGUACGGGAUGGUGGAGUCCCAGUCACUGACCACAUUCUUCAACGAGACACAACUGUCUCUGUUCGGGCCCUAUAGUGUGCUCGGAAGAUCCGUUGUGCUACAUAAGAAGAAACACCGUCGCUGGGCAUGUUCUUCUAUUGAGCGUGGAUACAGUCCAUCCGAGGCCCGGGAGUUGCGCGCCAUCGCAUCGUUCCACCACCCGGGGGGGUUCGCCACCGGGUACAUUCGCUUCACACAGCUUAUACACAACGACGGCAGUGCCAGCGACACUGUUAUUGAAGUCAAAUUGAGGCAUCCUGGUGUCCGGGAUACCAAUGUGACUCUGAACCACAACUGGGCGAUCUUUGUGAACCCUGUAGGCGUGGACGCGGCAGUGAAGGUGACCAACACGCGUUGCGUCGCUGGAGGGUACCGGUGGAACCCUUACUUCACACAGUUGGCGGACCCACUCAAUCACGACCUGUACAACCAGGAGUGCGGGCCGGACAACCCACUGCGGUGUGACGUCGGAGACCUCACCGCGAGACUGGGCACCAUCAACGUAGGCAGCAAGCGUCAGAUGUUCAUGGACAGUAACUUCCCGCUGGAAGGCACAGUCAGUGCGGUGGGACGGUCCAUCGUCAUCUUCGGGCCGGAGAGGAGCUCGGAGCGGUUCGCGUGCGCCAACAUCGAGCCAGACAAGGACAUCAUCAAGUACGUGAACAUCAUGAAGCCGCCCAGAUUCGUACUUGGAAUGUUCCUGGAGGACAUGCGGCGAGUGAUGGGCGUGCCGGAGUGGAUGAUGUCGCUGGACGCGCGGCGCACGCGCACGCUGCACGGCGGCUCCUGCAUACAGCUGCUGCUGCACUUCACUGGGCCGCAUGCCAACAGACUCGAACUGGAUUUCACCAAAUUACUGGCAUCAGGUCGACUGGACUCGCCCACUAUCUUCAUCCCCGGCUACGUGAACACCAAGAGGAAGAAGACCAUCUCCUACAGACAGUGCGGCACCACAGACCCUAAUGAUAGGAAAACCAACUUGGAAGGUCCCUUCCUAUUCUUCGGACCAAAAUCCUUAGACAAAUACAAAAGACCAGCUCUGAAGUACUUGGACCAAGAUGAGCUGAUGCGGAUAUACGGAGAGCAGGCGGCGAUAGUGGUGUUCAACAACCAGGACUCAGUGCCGCUGUCCAGUGGGUUCUUCCCGCGGCUGCGCAAGAUGCUGGAGCGGCAGAGCACGCUGGUGCUGCCGCAGGACUUCCUCGACGUGCACCCCGACUACAUCAGCAACGAGACGCAGGUGCUGACGCUGCAAGGUCCCUGGUCGGAGCGUGAUGCUCAGAUGACGGAGACGUUUGCCCGGCUACAGGACAUCUACGGUGCUGGUCGUGUGCUUGGGAUCCUAGGUAACUCAGUGUCACAAAGUCAGUCAGCUGAUUACAUUGACGGAGAGCCGUGGGCCCGGGUUCGACGCCAAGCACAGAACGAUACGACAUCGUCGACUACUUCUCCAGACGACGAGAGACCAUCGAAAGUGAUGCAGAAGUUUGCACUUUAUAACGCUACAGGUCUGCCAGGCAAGAGCGCUCUCCUAUAUUCGUCCGGAUGGCCGGAGUUACGUCGUACGAACGGUAGCACCAUCAGACUGAGCACUCCCGUCGGACAGCCGACCAUCAAACCGACCCGGCUGUACACCAUCAUGGUCGUUCGGUUCGUUGACGGGGAUAGUAGAGAUAAGAUAACUCUCGAGUUCAGCUUCAAGCAGUCAGCUGGCUGGUGGACUGCAGUAGGAGUGGAGGUGAAGUUUGGCCUGGAGACGACGGGCAUAAGUCUGAAGGCACCAGCGCCACCUGAUGCACCAUCCGCUGUACUAGGCCGAUCCUACCACUGCUCGCUGCCACUCGUCUACUCCUCUGAAGAAGCUACACUGACAUUGCCUGACGUACAGAUGCAGAUGUUCAUGGACAGCACUGAGAAGUUCUCUGAUGCCUUCGACUGUAUCGGUUUCACCACUGUACCGAUCUGGUCUGGUAUAAUGGUCUCCUUCAUCAUGUUGAUCGGCCUGGGCAUCUCCAUCUCAAUGAUCCUCGACAUCAAGACAAUGGACCGCUUCGAGAACAACCGCAGCAAGCAGCUCACCAUCACCGUCAGCGAAUAAAUCAUUACUCUGUGCUACACUACAUCUAUAACCACACCUACCUUUACUAGAGUAUCGUAUCUUAGUCAUUAAUCUCAUUCUUGUUACUUCCAUAGUGCGUGGGUCAUUUCUAUUAAAAGAUUUCCUAUCUGUGAUCCGACCUACGUGCUAUAGAAGUUGGUUUUACUUAGGUUUAAUAUGUAUAGAACAUCCAUAAAUCGCGGUAGCAGAUAUAUCGUUAUGUGCAGUCGCGAUUUAUAAGCAUUGUCGUACGAUGGAUGCGGCGGUGACUUUCUUCACAAACAACAUAAUCACUCUUUGAAGAGCUUCCUUAGGGUCAAUAUGGUCCAUCACUAAUUGGCCCGACCCCUCAGUCACGUGGAGCGAGGCGCGCGUGUGGGUGCGGGCCUUGCUCCACGUGAUGCUCAUCUCUUUCCAUGCUGGUCUGGGAAGGAAAGAAAAACAUAGAAGGGCCAGCUGCUUCUCCUCCCGCGCAAGUCGUAAGAGGCGACUGAGGGAUCCGUGGUCACGCGGCGCACGGCGCGGGGCCUAGCAAUCCCCCGCGCUCUGAGCGCCGCCACCUCCUCAGCCAGUAUUGCUAGCAACGCUCCAGGAGACACCUGCUGGAGCGUUGCUCAUAGAGUAUUUUUGUACAAAACUAGGUUUAAUCGCAUCAAAAAGCCGGGAAAACGCUUAGCUAAUCUUAGUUUUAUCUGUCUCUGUUCCUGUCCUCUUGUCUUUCCUUAGGUUAAGUGUUAAGAUAGUGUUAAGGUAGUAAUAAGCGAACA